AGCAAGGACGAAGAAGUGAAAUUCCGUGAGCCACGUCACUCGAGUCGCAGAAUAAGCCCCUAAGUCUCAUGUCUUAUUUCUAAGUUCUGGUGUGCCAUGUUUCAGGUCUCAUUUCCUAUUCAGGUUACAAAUUUCAUUUCUCUAAAGGGGGCUUGUGAUAUAGCUCAGUUGGCCAGUCUGUUGUCUCCUGAGCCGAUGUCCACGAGUUCGAGCCCAAGAGCAAACAUCGAACACAGUUGUACCGGAUAAGUUUUUCAAUAACGAUCCGCCAACUGUAACGUUGAUAAAGUCGCGAAUGCCAUAAAGAUGAUAAAACGACUAUAAUCGAAACAAAACAAAAAAAAAAUCUCUAAAGGGCGAACACGUAAUGAUUGCGUCACAUUGAACAGGGCAUAAUGUUUUUACCAUUGGGUAAAAAACAACCAAAUUUUGCACACUUUCUCAUGGAUGUGUAUUGUUUACAUGCUGUCAAACUCGUGUGUCAUGUUUUUCGGCUCAACGGAAAUGGAGAGUGUUGAAGCUGUUAUAGCAGCGAUUGACAUUGGACCACGGCAAAGGAGCUGGAAGAAAACUGGACCGGAGUACAGCAAGACAAAGGGAAAUGUUGAGGCCAACUGUACAUCCGUCGACCCUUCGAACAGCUACGGCUCUGUAGACCAAAAGAACUGGCAACACUUAACCACCCUUCCUGGAACUACUGACAUGACUGGGUGAACGGAUGUAAACAAACGGUCAGUAGACAACGUGACUCAGAAAAGGCGGCGAAGUAGUUACAUUUGAAGAGUUUGUGAAUUUGAUAAGGACACUUUAAUGUAAGUUUACACAGAUUUUCCUUUAUACAUCCUUUAAAAAAAACACUUAAAAUAAAAUUUGUUUACAGCUUUUAAGCUGAUUGAAUCUGCUGAAAAGGAGUGUUUUUACUUCGUCCAAAUUAAACCCCUGUUGUGAGGUUAUACCGCAACAUUCUUAAAAGAUUAAAAUCUACGAAGAAAUCAAAUCCGAUAUCGUGAAAAAUGCCGCCAAAGGCCGUCAAGACAUUUAGCUGUAGCCUCUGCAAGGAUCCGGACAACAACCAUAUGGUACAAUGCGACCGAUGCCAAUCUUGGUAUCAUUACCAAUGUGUGGGUGUUGGUGAUUCUGUGGCGGACCGAAGUUGGCUUUGUCCAAGUUGUGACAAAAACAGUACCACCAAGGCAAUUGAAACGCUAAAGACGAAUAAAUCCAGAUCCCAAUUGUCUAGAGCCAGUACUUCGAAUUCCGCGAGAGCCGCAAAGGCGGCCCUAGAAUUGCAGCAACUCCAAGAACAAAAACAACUGGAGCUACAGCGCAUUCAGGAGGAAACCAUUCGAGCUGAGAAGGAAGUUGCUCUGGCAAAGACUCGCCUGGAGCUCGAGAAACAACAACGUGAGAAGGAAGCAGAACUCGAGCGGAAGCGCCUGGAUGAUGAGCGAAAACGUCAGGAAGCAGAGCAGGAAUUUGAGCAGCUGAAACUCAAACAGGAUAAAAUCCGUCAGGAAGCUUUGAGAAAGCUAGAGGAAAAAUUCCUAGCUGAAAAAUAUCGCAUUCUUAAUGCUCAGCUUGACGAGGACUGUAGUCGCAAAAGCGAUUAUAGUGAUUGUAGCGGAAGAAGAACGAAGCAAUGGGUAGAGGACUUGUUAGAUAACCAUGAAGUAGCCAUCCAUGAGGAAAAACCGAGUGAAGGUAAUCCUAAACGUUGUAGGGAACCACUCGAUGCACCUAAACAACCACUCAACUCGACUGAACUAGUUAAUCCCAAUAGAAAUCCAAGGAACCUAAUAGGAAAUGAGAUCGCCAGCAGAAAUUUCGAAUUUCCCGUCGAAAGUCCCAUUCGAGGGGAGCAAAAUCUGGUCACGGUUCCUCAAGCAGUUGAUAGACAGGGGAACGAGCAACGUGCGCAGAGAGAAAGCGAAUUGCAGAAUUAUCCAUCUAAUCUACACAUCCCGUCAGGUUUCAACACCUUGACCAGUAAUCAACUGGCUGCUCGAUCAGUGUUUUCAAAGGAGCUACCGACGUUUGCUGGUAACCCGGAGGAGUGGCCGCUUUUCUACAGCAGCUAUCUGACCGGAACAAGAGAGUGCGGCCUCACUAACGCAGAAAAUUUAAUCCGUCUUCAACGAUGCCUUAAAGGCGAAGCCUUAGAAGCAGUACGUAGCAGUUUGCUAAUUCCGGAAACAGUCCCUUGUGCCAUUGAAACUCUGGAAAUGUGCUACGGUAGACCGGACGUAUUGAUAAAUGCACUUCUAAUCAAGAUCCGAAACACUCCUGCUCCAAAGGAAGGCCGGUUAGAGUCCCUGAUUGCUUACGGGCUAGCCAUAAAAAACUUCUGCAAUCAUAUACUUGCAGCGAAUCUCAAAGAACACUUUACAAACCCCACGUUGCUUCAGGAGUUAGUGGAAAAGCUUCCUACGGAUACUAAAAUGAAAUGGGCGGACUACAUGGAACUCACAGGUGAGAAGAGCUUGGAUUGUUUCGGAAGAUUUAUGCACGAAGUUGUAAGAAAGGCGAUCACGGUGACCUCUUACAACCCUCAGACAGUGACCAAACCAGCAAGAGGAGAAGACCCAAGAUCCAAAGGUGGCAUGAAGUUCAGAGGGUACCUCAAUCUUCAUAGCGAAGCUCGAGCGUCUGAUGCAGAUGACAAAGAUGAUCAGCACCAUUUCCAGAAGAUAUGCAAAGUAUGCGGAAAGCCAGGUCACACAUUGGACAGAUGCGGUAAGUUCGAAACCUUUUCUAUCGAUGAACGCUUGAAGGCAAUCCGGAUUCAUAACCUCUGUAAGAGUUGCCUUAAAAACCACUUGCCAUGGCCGUGUCGCCGCCCUAAAGAUUGCACGUAUGAAGGUUGCCGUCUCCGUCACCACCCUCUACUCCACUCAUCUCCUCCUGAAGGACGAACAAAUCCUAGUCCCAAUAAUUUUCAUCGUGCUAAUCGUACUGCAAUUUACCGAAUCAUUCCCGUCACAGUACACAAUGGAUCACUAUCCAUACCUACCUUCGCUCUCCUUGAUGAAGCCUCCGAGGUUACUAUGAUCGAACAGAACCUCGCUGAUAAUUUGAAUCUCAAAGGUAGCAUAGCACCACUCCACUUACAAUGGACGAGCAAUGUUUCUCGUGUGGAAGAAAAUUCUCGUACAACCGACAUACUGAUUUCUGGGCAAAAUAAGUCGAAGUGUCAUUGCUUGAAAAACGCGAGAACAGUUGAGGUUUUAGAACUCCCGGUCCAGACCAUUCGCCGUCAGGAACUCGACAAAUAUCCACAUCUUAGAGGCUUACCCAUAGCCGACUACGAACACGCACGACCACAAUUGCUAAUCGGUCUUGAGAAUAUCCAUCUUGCAACACCUCUGAAAAUCUGCGAAGGACCACGUGGGCAACCUAUAGCCACAAAGACCCGCCUUGGAUGGUGUAUCUACGGCGGCAUUUCGUACAACAGAACUCGUGAAUCAUACCAACAGCUUUUCCAUGGUAGCGUUCAAACCGAAGACGAGAAACUACACGAAGUGAUCAAACAGCAUGUCGUUAUAGACAACCUGGGAAUCCUAAACACAGGAGUAGCACUCGAGUCUGACGAAGAUAAGCACGAGAAAUAUUGA